AUGUCUUCCCGCCUUUCGGGCGAAGCCAAGGACGAAGCCAAGUUCUCUAGCGCAAUUCCCGCAGCUGAGCCUCCAGCCAACCAACGACCUCUUUCGACAGAGAACAUAGUUAAGGACGGCAGCCCAAGCAAAGAAAAGCUUCCUGUCGAAGACGCCGUCGAGGUUGAUGCCGAUCUCGAGGACGAAAAUGACCCCGAGAUCAGCCAGAUCCCUCCAGAGGUGAGGCGAGUCGUCAGUCUUCACGAUGACACGACUUUACCCACCUUAACAUUUCGAUAUUUUAUUCUCUCCAUUCUCUUCGUUAUCCCUGGAGCUUUUCUUUCUUCGAUGAACAGCUACCGAACCACGUAUGCGCCCUACUCAGUUUUCUUCGUCCAGAUCGCCUCCAAUUAUGUCGGCCUCUGGCUUGCCCGCGUGCUUCCUAAUCGCCAAUUCCGCAUUCCCUUCACCCGUUGGUCUUUCAACAUGAACCCAGGUCCAUGGUCGGUCAAGGAGCAUGUCUUAAUCACCCUAACAGCAGCCUCUGGUGCGACGGGCAAUGGAGGCACCACGCCUAUCGCGCUUGGCGACCUCUACUUUAACGAACGCCUUCACCCCGCAGCGGCCAUCUUUUUCAUGUGGUCCAUUGACGCUACCGGGUAUGCCUUCGCUGCUCUCGCGCGUCAAAUCCUACUAUACGAACCUGCAUACCCUUGGUUCCAGGCCCUUUGCCAAGCUGCGCUUUUCGAAACCCAGAGUCGACAGAACAAGAAUCCGACUCCGACCGCGCGCAAGCAGAUGCGCGUGUUCUGGUGGGUGCUCCUCGGCAUCACGCUCUGGCAGUUCUUGCCAGAAUACGCAUUCCCAAUGCUGAACUCGAUGGCCUUUUUGUGCUGGGUUGCUCCUCAUAAUCCUGUUGCUAAUUUUAUAGGAUCUGGUCUUGGUGGAAUGGGAUUUCUCAAUUUCUCCUUUGAUUGGGCUAAUAUCUCCAACUAUCUCGCCGGAGUUCCGCUAUUUUUGAGUCCUUGGUGGUCGCAAGUCGUACUUUUCUGUUCCUUUGUUAUGUCAUGUUGGGUGUUAUUGCCCGCUGCAAAAUGGGGACACCUUGGAAGUUAUCCUCAUUGCCUGAUGACGAACCGAGCUUGUACUGCCGAUGGGAGCAAAUAUCCUGUCACCGAUCUAGUCACACCGCAAAACACCUUCAACCAGACGGCUUACGAAGAAAACGGCCCGUUGUACCUUGGCGUUCAUUACCUAUGGUCCAUUUUCUUUGAUUAUGCCUCUUACACUUCGGCUUACUCUUGGAUCGUGUUCUUUGGGGCUGGCCAAAUUAGAGACGGGUACAGGAAAUUCCGCGCCCGCCAGAAAAACCCGGGCCAAGGAAUCAAUCAUCAAUGGUAUGUCUUAAGAAUACCCACCGAUUCCGAUAGAUUGAACGUCCUGAUGAGAUCUUAUAAAGAGGUUCCUCUGUGGUGGUAUAUUACGCUGUUCCUCGCCUCAUUUACAUGUGUAAUGACAAUGGUUGGGAUGAACAUCAUAUUCAUUCCCUGGUGGACUUACUUGGUGGCACUUGCGACAGGAGCUGCUAUCGUCGUGCCUCUCGGCUGGCUUUAUGCCAUUAGCAACUUCCAACUGCCCAUCGGAACGUUCAAUGAAUUGCUAUACGGUACAAUGGUUCAAAACCUAAGCACUCAUCGCAAUCCCAUUGGAGCUAGCGUGUAUGGUGCUCUGGCUGGUGGUGCCUGGUAUAGGGCCCAGUAUAUGUUGCAAGAUCAAAAAAUAGGGCAUUACAUGCACGUCCCUCAACGUACGGUUUUCUUCUCGCAAAUCUUCGGAAUCACUAUGGGUGUGCCGAUCAAUUAUGCAGCAAUGCGCUGGAUCAUGGAUUCCAAGCGCGACUACCUAACUGGAGCCGUUGAUGAUCCAGCCCAUAUAUGGACAGGUCAAAGUCUGGCCGGCUCUUUGACUAUGGGGGUUCAAUAUGUUUUACUAGGGCCAACCCGACUCUUCCAACAAGAACAGUUUCGUCCUCUCCCCUAUGCUUUCCUCGUCGGCGCGGCCUGUCCGGCCAUCAUAUACGCGCUCCACCGGCUAUUCCCUCGCGCCAAAUUCCACCUUUUCAACACCACCAUCUUCUUCAGCGGCGCGUCUAUCUUCUACGGCAACGUGUCGACGGGGUACUUCUCGCGUUUCAUAGGAGGGUUCGUCGUUAUGUUCUGGGCGUACAGGUACCGCUACCAGCUAUGGGCCAAGUACAACUUUAUCCUCGCGGCUGCGUUCGACGCGGGGUUCAACCUAAACAUGCUCUUGAUCUUCUUAAUCUUCGGUAGCGCAAAGGUCAUUGGCAUGCCGAAUUGGUGGGGGAAUGAUGCGGCUAGCGUGGAGAAAUGCUAUGCGCUUGAAUAGAGUUGCUGUCCUGUUGGCAUCUUAUUUUAAAGUAUAUAUAUUACGAAUAUACUAGCACUAUAUUUGGAUUAAAUAGGCGAAGAUUAGUCGAAUGAACGGAUAUUCAACCUAAUCACAGGUACCUACCUAAUGUUUCGUAGAUUGAGACGAUGGGAAUUUUACUAAAUAGAUAUCGGAGAACCUUCGGCCGGACUGGGAAUCCAUAACAGCAGGGUCACUUAACACCGAUCACUUGAUUUCAACGAAUAAUUGACCGCCCUCCUUAACGUAUCGUUCUAGGUUACCAAUAUAUAGAAAUACGGGGUGAUCUUACCCGGAAGGACAGCUGGAACAUGGAUAAUACUUAGGGGAUAGAAGUGCGGGAGUCAAGCAGCUUGUCGAAUUGGUUGAUAUAGCUAGGCCUGUGACUCCUAUCAGUGUGUUGAGUCAAGUUGUAACUUGAUGGCGGUCUUGUUUCCUCGUAGCUUGUAAGAGAGGAGGAACUUGGAGUGUCAGGAUUCUAGAUAACUAGGUUUAAAUAUAGAUUUACUUCUCGGCUAUGUACGUCGAGUUGAUUACGGGUUGC